AUGCCGACUCCGGCCACCUUUCCGUACCUGGCCAAGGCUACGAUCAAGUACAAAAGUCCACACAAACAGGAUCUCACCUUCGCAAAGGGAGAGACAAUUCGUGUCACUGGUAUCGCUCCAAAGACCGAUGCAACUGAAGAGGAUGGUGAUGACGAGGAUGAUGAUUGGUUGAUUGGAGAGACGCUAGAUGGAUCUCGCAGUGGUACCUUCCCUGGAAGUUUCGUCGAGCCAUCCGACGAGGUAGAUGAAAAGCCUUCGCACGCGGCUGAGGCUACAAUUGCAGAGGCCACGGCACCUCCAUCUGCACCUGGUGCGAUCCCGAGUGAUGCACCCACCGACCAUGAAAGCUCAACCAUCGAGGAGUCUCCUGCGCAUCAAGCUGACACAAUCCCAGAGGCUGCACGGGAGGCUGCCAAGAAGGGCGAGACCGAAGAGGCUGGCUUUGGCGCUCCUUUGCCGCCUCGCCCACCUUCCCCGGAUGCCGAUGAGGCGGAAGCUUUGGAGAGUAGCGAGGACGCUGCUCAACCUGAAGUAAAGGCAAACGAUGCUGCCGAGAACACAGGUAGCGGCUCGAAGCCAGCUGUCGGUGCCGCCGCUGCUGGUGCUGCUGCUGCCACCACUGCUGGAGUUGCCAGUAUAGCUGCUGCAUCUUCCACAGAAAGCAAGCCGGGAACAUCGACAGCCGCAAAGUCUCCUCCUGCCAUAGCAUCCAAACCACCAGCCAUGUCAAGCUCCUUCCGCGAUCGACUUGCGGCCUUCAACAAACCAGCCGAUCCGGCUCCACCUCCCAUUCCCAAAGCCAGGCCCGGAGGAUGGAAGCGACCCACUCCCGCUGCUACCGAGACCAAGCCAGUGCCUCCUAGUGCGCCAGCUGUCUCCUCCCCCGCUGCUUCAAAGCCACGACCCGUGACUUCUCCCUCUACCGAGGCAACAGAGCCACCAACCUCGACCGAGUCGUCCAGUGGUGGAGGUGGAGCUUUCAGCGCAGCCGACGCUCAAAGCAGUAUCAAGAUGAGCUUGAAGGAGAGAAUGGCUGCACUGCAACGCAACGAAGCAGCUGCAAACGAGGCUGCCGCUCCUCAGCUCAAGCCAAAGCCUUCGGUGCCUGGUAAGAUCGGAGCUGAUCGUAGGAAUGUUGCUCUCCAGGGCAUGGGUCUUGCUCCUGGUGCCGCAGUACCGACUAGGAAAUCGAGCGCCGAAGCUAGUGCCGAUACUGGGGAUGCUGCUGCUGCUGCUGGCACCACUACAGAGCCUGGAAUUGUCGAUCCAGAAGCCGCACCGACCAAAGCUGAUCAAGCUGAAAACGACGCAGCUGACACUGAGGGAAAGGAUGCAGCCGUCGAUGAGGGAGGCGAGCAGGCUCAAGAAAAGACGGACGAGCCAAAAGAAGCUCUCACAGAAGAAGAGCAGGAAGCCGAACGACGCGCUGCGAUCGCCAAGCGUAUGGCAGCACUCGGUGCUCGUCGCAUGGGUGGUGCACCCGUGCCUUUUGGAGCGCCUGCACCACCUAAACGCACUGGUACAUCUGCCAGCAUUGGAUCAGCCGAAGGAACGUCUUCUGAGCCUGGCAUCAGUAUACCCACCGAGUCUUCGGCCUCAGCAGCUGUCGAAGAUGCCGAGGAAGCUGCUGUCACCUCGCCUGUCGCAACUGAGGACAGCGGGGUUCGCUCGAAUGCCGGGCAAGAUGUCGCUGGUGAGGAGCCUAAGAUCCUUGCCGUGCCCAGACGAACUGCUGCACCUCGCAAGAAGAAGCCGGUGCCACAGGCUGCUGGUGCCGGUGCUGGCGUUGCAGUUCUGGGAGAUGAUGUGGCUGCUGAAGAGUCAGAGACUGUAAAGACUGCUGGUGGGGCCGAGGCAGAGGUGAGCCAUGAGGUGGAGUCUGAGCAGACAACUUCUGCAGCAGCUGUCGACGCCGACGAAGUGACGCCCGCUGACGAGCCUGCCGAUGCCACCAAAGCAACUCAAGACAAUGCCGGGCCCACGUCGGCCCUUGCGUCUCAUGAAGCGGACGGUGCCCGCGAAGCAACCCAACAAGACACAGCUGGCGAUGAGGCCGUCGAAGACGACCCAGAGAUCGCUGAGAACCAGCGUCAACUUGAAGAGUACCUGCGUGGCGAGGGCUUCUACGAGGAUCAGGUCGGUGCUGUAGCACCGCACGACGGCGCUGGCGCUGCUGUGGACGACUAUGCACAGGCACCAGGUGCUGCUGCGACCGGUGGCGUGCCUCCAGACGAUGUCACCUCUCCCAAGCCCCCUAGCCGACCUCCUAGCACUCGACCUCCCAUCCCCAAGACGAGUCUUCCUCCUCCACCAACGUCUACCGAGCAAGACGGUGCGGCUAUUGGACGUAUCGCAAGCCCUCCAGCUGCUGGGUCGCGACGUGGAAGCUUGAUCCCACCUGUGCCGACAACCCCUCUCCCAGUGCCGGUAGAGUCUACUGCUGAAGAGACUGAGGAGCUCCAGUCGAGCGUAGCGCAAGCCGAAGACGAGACUGAAGCUGCCACUGGUCCAGUGCUUGCUGCUCCACGCCCAAGGAUGGCUAUUGCCACUGAGGAUCCUGAGGAUGAGGAACUUCUUGCUGCUGCCGCUUCUGCUGCCGACGAGACGGCUGAGGCAACAAUGCAGGCGGCCUCUCAAGCCGAGCCUGAACAGCAGCCGCAGCAGGAAGAUGAGCUCUCUGAAGAGGAACAAGAAGCACAGCGACGUGCCAAUCUUGCUCGUCGAAUGGCCGCUCUUGGAGGGCAGAGGAUCGGUGCUUUCCCUGGUAUGGCUCCACCUCCUAUUAUGGGAGCACCUAUGCCUGUCAGGAAGGCUGCUGUGCAGACUGAGGAAGCGGCUGAAAAGCAGCAGCAGCAGCAACAGACUCCUCAGGGCGAGAGCGAGCUUUCUUUUGUGCCUCGAGCAAAGUCGCCUGGUGCUGCUAGUGUUGAAGCUCCUGUACGACUUGCAAGUCCACCUCCUAUGCCCACUAGUCCACCUCCCAAGCCUAUGUCUCCUCCACCGCCUGCUCGAGCAGUCCCAGCACCAGGUGAGGCAGCUUCCCCAUCCUCCCCAGUCCCGGCCACAUUGCCGGGUGGUCGAUCAAUAAGUACAGUCCCCAUGGCCAACUUGGACGAAGCCAUCCGCUCCGCUAGCCCCGCGAACAGCAGCUUAGGCAGACGCCCUUCCAUGAAGCCUCCCGUUCCUGCUGGUAUCAGUGCCUCACACUCGCGUGAUAACUCCCUCGUCGUAGAAGGGGAGGAGGAGCAGCGUGAAUUGGCUACAGGUCCACCACCUUUGCCUGUUAGCCCGCCACCUUUGCCCGUCAGCCCACCGCCUCGUCCUUCCUCGAGAGCUCCACCUCUGCCGGGAAGUCAUGGUGGUGUGCCUCCGAGAAGACAAGGUUCUUCUGCAUCGUACGCUUCGCAUGAUUUGCCUCCGAUCCCUACUACUGCUUCUCUGACGGUAGAACUACCGACGCCGCCCAUCCCAGCGAGGACGGAGUCUAGUCACCCCCCUUCCCCUCCCUCUGCUGCCCCCGCUGCCGGUGGUUCAAGUGUGAGCAUCGGCGCACGCCACUCAUCCCGAGAUCUUGACCUGAUGCCUUCCUCUCGAUGGUGGCGUCAUGGAUUGAACCCUCUCCGACUUCCACCUUCAGUCGCUGGUCGACCCGAUGCAAUCCUUUACGCUGACACUUCCUCGAACCCUGACCCUAACACGGGGGUUCAGGUGCACAAUGCGGAAAUCUUUAUCCUAUUCGAAGACUACUCCACCACAACCAUCUCUCUCUUUUUCCAGGAUGAUGAUUUGGAUGAAACACAAACCAAGUUGGAGCAAAGGCAUAGUUUCCCACCUCCCAAACCAUCCCAAGCUGACCUGAAACAAUGGAGUGCCAACAUGGGUGCUACUGUAGCUAAACUCGCUUCUGACGCUGCCAAAGCAGGCAACGGCAUUGGCGAUGGAUCAUCACGCACAUUCAUCCAACACAUCCUUGCCCAAACACAAGCCUUACCACCAGUAGGACUCUCUGUCGGAGCAACAGUAUUGACGCAAGUAGGACCCACCUGUAUGGAAUCCAACGAUGAACCUCGGCCAGGUGACAUUGUCUAUUGCGCAAAUGCGGAUUUUAAAGGCAAAAAAGGUUUGGCUCCUUAUCAUGCACUUUAUGGUUCACAAUCAGAUCCGUUGCUGGCGGUAGUGGUCGAGGUUGAGGCUAAGAAGAAUAAGUUAAGAUGCAUUACUCAGGGUAGUGGGAGUAAAAAGGGAGGAGCGGUGGAAGAGAUUAGUUUGAGAAUGGACGAUUUCAAGUCUGGAAUAGUAAAGGUUUAUAGGGUAGCUCCUCGAGUUGGAUGGGUUAAGGAUUGGUAG